UGCUGAGAUUGGAAGAUUUCUUGUGGGCACUUAAUGAUGCUGUGGAUGAUAUUUAAUUGUUGCAUGCUGAUGGCGUCUUUUAUUUUGUUUGUUGAUUAUGUAGAUGAUUGCAUUCUGGUAGCCCAAUUAUCAUGCUUCUUGAUUUUGCGGAUGGACCAUGCUAAUGGUCCUGACUUCCUUUUUGGGGUUGUUGAUAUGUGUUGUGCCCUGGGGUAUAUAUUUGCUGGUUCUUUUUGUUUAUCUUGCUGCUGCAGGUAACUUUUGUGUACAAUGGAUACGAGGCUUUUAUAUUGUCAUGAUGUACUUAAUCUUUGGAUAUGAACGUACGAAGGUCAUGCUAACCUCCUGUUUGUGGGGGAUGUAUAGAAUUGGUUGGGGAUCUAAAGAUUGAGUUAAGCACUGCAGAGGUGUUUGAUGUUCUGCAGUUUUUGUAAGACUGAUCAGAUGGUGGAACUGCUCCUUUGGUUCUUUUACAAUUGUGUAUACUGUUCAGCUCUUCAAGAAAAAAAAACAAGAUUUCAAACUUAUUACAGACAACUUGAUCUAUCCUCUUUCUAAACGCUUAGCUGAUACGUGUUAACUUGAGCCACAAAAUGAAGAAUGAAACCCGCCUAGAUGUUAUGUUUAGCUCACCUCAAGUUUAGCAAAUUAUGUAGUGCAGGUUCUUCUCCUCCUCUGUAGGGAUUGGCUUUCUCUCUCUCUCCCCCUUGGCAUUAGCCACUAGCUCUGUGCAGAUCAAAUUAGAAAAUGACAACAUAUGGAACUAUUCCAGCAGAGUCACCACCAUCAUCAAACUUCAUUUCCCGUGCAAGAGAACAGAUCCGAUCAGGCCUUGGCAGGCGACGGCAAUGGAAAGAGAUGGUCAAGAUCCAAGCUAUAAACCUCCCCUCCAAUUUUAACGACUCCAUACAAAGAAUCCAAACCAAUGCGGCAUUUUUUAGGAUGAACUAUGCCAUCAUCAUAUUGUUUCUUCUCUUCCUCACCUUGCUCUGGCACCCUAUCUCACUAAUUGUCCUCAUUAUCAUGAUGGUCGCAUGGUUGUUCCUUUAUUUUUUACGAGACGACCCCGUAUCAAUAAAGGGCUUUGUGAUUGAUGAUCGCAUAGUGAUGACUGGUCUGUUGUUGGUUACGAUUGCCAUGCUUUUCCUAACAGAUGUGACAGACAAUAUCAUAAUUGGCCUUUCUGUUGGAUUAGCCGUUGUUUUGGUCCAUGGAGUAUUCAGAAGUACUGUUGAUUUGUUCUUUGUGGAUGACGAAGAAGUGAAUAGAUCGCCAGUUUUGAUGCGCCGUGCAGAAGAAGCGGUGCCUCUGCCAUUAAAGAAUGCAGCCUCCUCUUCUUAUUCUGUUUCUUAG